UUGGGAUUCCUUUCAGUGUUGAGAUUGCUAAAUUGGGUUUCUCUCAUAAGUCUAAAGAAAAAAAAACUUUUUAGGAUUUCGUGUCUCUCAAGUUUUGCUGUGUUGUGGGUUUAAGGUUAAGAAUUUAGGGUUUUUAUUGUGUUUUGAGGAUAUGGGUGUUGGAAUGUCUAAGGUGGAUAGGUUAGAGCUGGUGAGUCUUUGUAAAGAAAGGAAGGAAUUGAUUAAGGCUGCUGUUGAUUGUCGUUAUGAAUUAAUUUCAGCUCACAUUAUGUAUGUGCAAUCUUUUUUAGACAUGGGAAAUGCGCUUCAUCGAUUUUUAGAGGAAGAUUUAGAGAUUAUUUCUGAUUUCUCUUGUGAUUGCUCUGAUGAGGAUUCGCAUUUGAAAUUUUCUUCCUCAGGUUUGGAGUCAGUAACUGAUUCUGUUAAUGAACACUUGCAUUUUUCAGGAGAGUCUUCUGGGUCAGAGAAAGAUUUUCAAGCAGGGGCGAAUUCAAGUGGACAUAUGGGAAAUAUGUCUUCUAGUGUUCCUGCUGAUUCCAGACAUAGAUACCCUGAUCUUGACAAUGACGAUGUAUAUGUUCCAAUUGUUGAUAUGAGGUAUCCUCAAGAAAACAAAAAAGUUCCUUUGGAUGCUACAAUGGAUACUACGAAAAACAAUGUCACAUAUGCUCCUAAUGGAAAUUGGGAAUCUGCUAAAAAUCCAAUGGACUUUCCGUAUUAUUAUGAGUUUUGGUCCCCUCCUGUCCAUGCUGCUAAUCCUGAAGAAGAGAGCGCUCCUGCUGCCACCUCUUCUCCUGAACCUGCAGGUUUUGCUUGGAGAUUCAAUCCAUUUAACACCGAGGUUGACGAUGUCUAUCAUUACUAUAAUUACUAUUCUCAGGAGAAUAUAAUUGGUGACAGAGCUGAGAGUGAUGAUUCUGAAGUAAGAAAAACCAGGGAGAAAGAGGGGAUCCCUGAUUUGGAAGAUGAUACUGAUCAAAGUAUAUUAAGGAAAAAAAGAUACAAGAAGAAAUCAUCAGAGAAAGAUACAAGUGGAGACACCGGUGCUGACCCAAAGAAUUAUGAUCACGUACAGUCAGAACAAGAAAAGGAAUCUAAAAACACGCCUGACACUGUUGAAGAAAAUGCCAUGGCAUGUUCCAUCUCCCGUGGAUUGAUCAAAAUAGAACAAGAGAAAGCAAUGGAGGAAGGUGAGAGUUCAGAGGAGGCCCGGUCAUUCACCUGCAAUGGUGAAUGUCCCGAAACAGAUAUCCAUAGUCCAUGGGGUCUUCAGCAAGCAGUAAAUGAAAUCAAGAAUGCAUUUGAGACUUCUUUCAACUAUGGACAAGAGGUUUCCAUAUUGCUUGAGGCAGGCAAGCUGCCUUAUCAGACUACGGGUGCCAAAUUUAAAGUAUUUGCCUCUCGGCUUGUAAGUUUGGCAGUUCCUUUUGCAAUGUCUUCACAGCACCCAGCUUUUGUUCACUCAAGUAGAUCUGCUGCCAAGAAAAUGAAGUCAGCCAAAGUUGUGUGUGAAAAUUAUAAGGAUGUUGAUAGAAAAUCCGAUCACCUGUCAUCCACUUUGGAGAAGCUGCAUGUAUGGGAGAAGAAAAUCUACGAGGAGGUUAAGCUUGAGGAAAAACUCCGUGUUUCUUAUGAUAAAGAGUGGAGGAGGCUAAAAAGGCUAGAUGAUAGAGGUGCCGAGUCCAGUCAGAUUGAUAGGACACAAGCUUCUGUCAAAAGUCUGCUUUCAAAAAUUAAAGUUCCUGUCAGUGCAAUUGAGGCAAUAUCGAUCAGGAUUCACAAAAUAAGAGAUGAAGAGCUGCAAGCCCAAGUGAAUGAAUUGAUUAUCGGAUUGUCAAGAAUGUGGAAGCUCAUAAUCAAGUGCCACAAAAAGCAAUUACAAGCUAUUAAAAAUGCUGAAACAUAUGUGCAUAUAGCUGGGAUGCACACCCGCAAAGGUUCACGCUUAAAGGCUACUAAAAACCUAGAGAAAGAAACUUGGAAAUGGGCUGCACGCUUUAGUCACUAUAUUAAAACCCAGAAAGCUUUUGUGUCAUUGUUGAACAAUUGGCUUCUGGGGUACAUAUCUGAGGAGUUGAAAACUCUAGAUGAAGCUGAUCGAUUGUCUCCAAACCGGAUAGGAGCUCCUGCCAUUUUCAUUGUUUGUAAUGAUUGGCACAACGCAAUUCAGGAUAUUUCAGAAGAUGGAGUGUACAAGGCCAUUCAUGGUUUUGCCUCGAGCUUACACCAUUUACAGGAGAAGCGAGAAGAAGAACACCGACAGAGAAUUAAAACUGAACAACUUUUGAAGGAUUUAGAGGAUCAAUUUGAGAAAGAUGUUAUAGUCGCGAUGCAGGAGAUGUUAGAUGAACAAAAAGCGACACAUCAAGAAGCUAUUAAACUAGCCAAUGAUGCUGCCUCAGAUUGCUUGAGAAUUAGUCUGCCUCCUGUUUUUGAGACUUUAGAGAGCUUCUGUCUGGAGAAUUUGAAAGCUUAUGAGAAAAUCAGAAUACCAAAUGCAAGUACAAGCAGAUAAUGAGGUGAAUUACUUAGCUUAUUAUUAUUAUUAUUAUUAUUAUUCUUUGAAUGUACAGAUUGGAUUGGUCUAUGCAAAAAAGAAAUCAAACGAAAAAAAUAGUGGUUCCUGGGUAUAACCAGUUAGCAAUUUCACUACUUGUAUGUACAAACCAGAAUUUUGGGGAGUUAUACCUAGUUUAAAUGGGUAAACGGAUUGCUAUAUUCAGAUAUAUACAAGAUGUUGAAAAAAAAAUCAAAAUCUACUUGAAGUUCUAACAUCUGUGGAUGUCUCUGAAUAGAAAUGAUAGAUGUUGACAGUGAACUUCAUUGAUCUUUGAUAAAAGCAUUUCAAAAUGGAAUGUUGGUAAACCAUGGUCAAUGGAAUACGUAGUUGAGAUGUCUCUUUAUUUUCUCUUGUAUUGAUAUAUUCUAUUGAACGUAUUGCUAGUUCAGAACACAGCAAAGGGCAGUGAUUACAGCCACUAAGUUAAUGAUUCCUAGCAUCCAUCGUUCUGUAGAGGUUUCACAUAAGUUGGGUUCAAAACCAAGUUUCGUAUGACUUGAAUGAUAGGAUUAGAUUGAAUAUUCAAGCAUUUCUGUUUAUCAAACCAUUGGAAACGAGUAUUUUUGUGCAGCAUCAAAUUUUAGUGGUUAUUGUAUGUUAGUCUGGUAUUGCCUCCUUACAUCACGUUGAGGUUGUCAUGGAAUAUUAGAGGAGCAUGCAUGUGAUGUAUGAGUGGUUAGAGGAGGACCAUUAAUAGGAUUGAUCUUCCAUGUCAGAAAGUUGUGGACAAGAUUAAGCUUGUUCUGUGCUCCUAUGGUGACACUUCUCCUGGGAAAGAGUUAUGGUGAUUCUUACUGUGCUUGUUGUGCUGGUGUUUCUGAAGAUCCAAUGGCUCCCACUUUGCUAUUUGCUGCGACUUUGUCGUUUGAUCGCUGCAGAAAUUCAACUUCAUGGUUUGGGCUUUUUCGAUCAGAUUUCGUUCCAUUUUCUGAUCAAGGGCAACGCUGCCACCUUAUUCUGUUGGGUUUCCUCUGUUUUGUUGCCCUCCCCUAGCUUCGUCGGUGCACCUAUAUGACCUUCAAUGGAAAUUAAUCCGAGUAAUUGAUUGAAAAAAUCAAGAAAACAGGUGCAAGCUUUUUGUAAGCAAAUAACAUCUAGGAUAGUAUCUUAUAAUGAUGUAUCAUCCUUCUCAGUGGUGGUUGCGGUGUGCUCUGUCGUCCUUCUUCUUGCCCCAGUCAUGAAGCCUCGAAUGCAACUCAGCAGCAGCAAUCAAGAAAUGAACGGCCUGGAUUGGAGUCAAAAUCUCAAGCACACCUUUAAGAGCUCUCAGCAGCAGAUCAAAUGCCAGUUGAUGAUCACAUGAAUCUGUUUCCAACUUCACGUGUCUCGUUGAUCGGACGGUAAAAGGAAUUCCCUGAUUGCCUUUCGUUAAUCGUAUCAAGGAGCAUCAAUCAAGCUGUCAUCCUCAGUCAUGUGUUGCCUAGCCUACCAUAGCU